AUGGGAGGCUCGCCACCUUGCGGCAACUCGGUUUGGUCAGUCAAGGACCAUCGACGACAGGCAGUAACCUCGAAGAAAUGGCCAUCGAAACCUGAGAAUGAUCCCUCGAUUCCUUUCUCAUCUGACGAUGCCAUCGGCGUUCACCUACCUCAUAACGACCCCCUACUCAUCGAAGUAGGGAUCGCGAAGUGCGACGUCGCCAAAUUUCUAGUCGAUACUGGCAGUUCGGUUGAUCUGAUCUUUCGCAAUACACUCGAUAAGAUGGGAGUCGAUUUGCGCGAUAUGAAACCGUCGUCUCGCUCCCUCACCGGAUUCAACGGAGCUUCCGAGACGAUGAUCAGAACGAUCAAGCUUCCAGUCUACGCGUGUGGAGUAACACGCACUGUCAAGUUUUCUGUUAUCCGAACGAAGGCUCCAUAUAACGCAAUCCUCGGGACCCCCUGGUUACAUUCGAUGAAGGCAAUAUAA